AUGCCCGAUUUAGCAGACGGGGUCUCCCAGAACUCCAGAAUGAGCGCCAACCUUGCGAACGCCGUCGUUCCCUGAGGUUCGGGCCACCGGCCCUGAAGGGAGCAUAAGUCACUCUCGAUUUUCAUUUGAAACCAAUAGAAACGAGUUAGCCAUCCGCUACUUCUGUUUAGAAUAGGUCAUUCUAGAAGAAUGGUUCGGGUGAUGUGGAUGCAUUGAAGAUAAUGUGCCCUCUGGAAUUGCUUUUGGACGCUGGAGAUGCGAUGCCUGACAUCGUCUGACCCUGGAUAACCGUCAUGAAAGUUGGGUUGAAGAGACUUGGAAUCCCGAGUGCUGCGUUAUUUUGGGCUGCGCUCGUGUAUUCCAUCGUGUUCUUGUUGGUGAAUGGGUCCUCAACGCUAGAUCCUCCCAAGGUGCAGCCCUUCCAGUUUCCCAGCAGACCGCAGCCGAACCGGCGGAUCCGGCUGACAUGCACCGUCACGGAAGGCGACCCUCCUCUCCGCUUCACCUGGCUCAAAGAUGACGUCGAGCUGACGUCAUCGUUGACGUCACAAGAGGACUCCGGUGACGUCAGCGUGGACGUGGGUCCCGAGAGUUCGGUCCUGGUACUCCGGAGACUGCACGUCGGAGACAUUGGGAACUACACCUGUGUUGUGGACAACCCUGCGGGGACGGACAAGUUUCAGGCGUUCCUCAGGUUUCCAGUUCCUCCAUUCUGGAAGGCCGAUCCUGAACCUGUCGAGGUGCUCGAAGGCCGACGAGCUGUCCUUUCCUGUUCUGCCGGAGGCUACCCCGAGCCGCAGAUCCUCUGGAGACGCCGCUAUGCGGACGGCGUGGACCGCGCGGUGGUCAAGACGAGUCGGGUCCGGGUGGCCGAAAACUCCUCCCUGGUGCUCGAGUCCGUGUCGAGGUCUGACCAGGGCUCGUACGUGUGCCAGGCGCACAACGGAGUGCCUCCCGAUGUACAGAGACCCGUCUCCUUGAAGGUGAGAGCGCCCCCUAAGAUCACAGUGAAAGAAAAGCAGGUCAUAGUCCGUAAGGGCGAGACGGUGACCCUGGUCUGCAACGUCACGGGCGACCAGCCGAUCAGAGUGACCUGGACCAAAGAUGGAGGAACCAGCAACCUCUCUGAAACGUCCAAACGAGAGGUCUUUCACCAAUCCUCCGACACAGAAGUCGCGUCCACCCUCCACUUCAAGGACGUGGACAGCCUGGACUCAGCAACGUACGCCUGCAACGCAGCCAACGAGUAUGGCGCCGACGAGGCAGUUUACACCCUGGUUGUGCUCUUUCCCCCACCGGCUCCGCGGGGGCUCAAGGCUACGGAAGUGGGCACCAGGUUCGCUCACCUCGAAUGGUCUCAAAGCACCGGCAACAUCUCUCGCUACAUUGUACGUCACUGGAAGCUUUCUGGUCUGGACAAGGUUCUUUAUGAGAGCAACGUCCCGGGUGCUUUCCACUCAACGCUGCUGAUGAACCUGAGACCGGGCUCUCAGUACAAGGCCUUCGUGGUCGCCGAGAACACGGUGGGACAGAGUCCGCCUUCCGGCGCAAUCAUCAUCUACACAGCGGAAGAAGCUCCCGAAGCCUCUCCGACUGAUGUCGAUUGCGAACCCGUCAAUGCAUCCAGCAUCGAGCUAUCUUGGAAGUCUCCCGCCGAAGAACAGUGGAAUGGCGUGCCCAAAGGUUUCUACGUGGGCCUGAAGCAGGCAACGCACAGCACCCCUUACAUCUACGAGAUGGUCUCCCUGGACUCGGACGUGAGCAGGGCCUUCACGAGGCUCAGCCCCAACACGGUGUACAGCUUCGUCGUGAGGGCCUUCAACUCUGCGGGCUCGGGACCGGCGUCUCGGGAGAUGCAGUGCACCACACUCUCCGGAGACCCACCUCCGGCUCCGACACUUUAUCUAGUCAAGACGGAGGAGUCCAUGGUGACCUUGAACUGGAAGAUCCCAAAAGCCCACAACGCUUCUGUCUUGCAGUACGUGCUGGAGACUCGACGGGACUACACGGACGAAGUGUCUUUGCAACACUUCCCGGCGACCACAAGCGUCGCGAGUGUGACUGACCUGGAGAGCAGUGUCAAGUACAGCUUUCGGCUGGCCGCUUACAACCGCUUCGGUCGGGGUGCCUACUCCAACUCCAUCACGGAAUCUACCAGGCUCAAAUUCACCAACCGGUUCCUGUCCGGUAACCUGCAGCAGGAGAGCCCUUUCUACAUGCGCAGCUACUUCUUCAUCGUCAUCAUCGCCUGCGUGACCCUGGUCACACUGUCCAUAGUCAUCUCCUGGGCGUGUGUCAAGAGAGCCAGGAUCAUUCGAGGUCGUCGCACGAAGCUUGCUUCGAGCAUGCCGCCCAGACCCUCUCUGUCUGGGACGUACAGUCCUCGGUGGGUUCAUGACCCCCGCGUCUUCGACGACAACUAUGACACUCCGUGGGACGCGUCAGACCUGCCACGCACCGCAACGCUCCACGGGUACACCAACGUGUACGACCCGAGCUCCCGUUCCUGACAGCGUGGCUCGCGAUGGUUUCUGGCGUGGAUCGGCAAAGUGCCUUGUGUGACGGCACAUGGCCGUCUGAUUUGUUGAUGUACAGAAAGUUAUAUGGAUCUCAAUAAAAUUAAAAAAAAGAAAA